CAGUGCUGGGAGUGACUUGAGCGCGUGCACACACAAGCAUGAAUGCACCAGUAUCACUAUAGUGCACUUCAAGGGCAAGCUGAUAAAGAUGGAUUCUUCUUAUUUAGAGAUUGAUGAUGAGAACAAGGGGUUUGCGCUGAGCCUCUUUUGCAUACCUAAACACUAUGAAGAAGACUUGGACAGUGUUAUCAUUCCCAACGGUCUUAUAAAAGAUAGGACCGAGCGCUUGGCCAGAGACAUUGUUCGUGACAUGGGAACACAACACAUCAUGGCCCUGUGUGUGCUGAAAGGAGGCUAUACAUUCUUUGCAGACCUGAUGGACUACAUUAACGCGCUGAAUCGUAACAGUGACAAAUCUGUACCGCUGACCGUGGAUUUCAUUAGGCUUAAGAGUUACUCGAAUGACCAGACGACAAGCCGUGUACAGGUUAUCGGAGGAGAUGACUUAGCUUCUCUCACUGGAAAAAAUGUGCUUGUGGUUGAGGAUAUUAUAGAGACUGGGAAGACGAUGGAAACUCUGCUGACGUUAUUAAAUAAAUGUCAACCCAAGAUGGUCAAAGUGGCCAGCCUUCUUGUGAAGAGGACACCCCGAAGCUCAGGGUAUCGUCCUGACUACUUCGGUUUCGAGGUUCCUGAUAAAUUCCUGGUGGGAUAUGCUCUAGACUACAACGAAUAUUUCAGGGAUUUGAACCACAUCUGUAUACUCAGCGACCGAGCAAAGGAAAAGUACAAGGCGUACGAACGUCGAUUAACAAAAGGCCAAAGAUGUUGGAGAAUGUAAGGGCCACCUGAAAAUAGAUUUUGUUCAGAAUUAGACAUCUAGAGUUAUUCAUAUUAAUGACAUAUAAAAUAUGACAUUAUUAGGAACUAUUGUUUUAUGUGUAUGUUUUUAUUUAUUUCUGGUGAGGCCUUAGGAUGUACUUGAUUUAAAAAAAACCUGAUAUAAUAUUUCAUCAGUUCUGAGAGAAUUGAGAUGUUUUAGUUUGAGUUAUGAAUCUAGUGCAUGAAUGUACACAAUGUCAUAACUUCUGUGUUUAUCAGAUACAAUAAAAUAAAUGUCUUAUUUUGUAA